AUGACGAACUUUAUAAAAUCUCGUUUGAACAUUAUCAAAGAAAAGAUACAACUCUCUCUUCAAACGUGCCAGGCAGCAAUUAAAGAUUUUCAAGAAAAUAACCCAGGUUCGACAACAUUGAUGAUCGAGGGUUCAAAAUUAAACGUACUCAAUGAAAGAUUUUCGGCGGAUAUUUCCUCGUAUUAUGCUACAGCUCCUGACGUAGCAGAUGAAGAGUUGAAAGAACACACGGAACUUUUACUUCAAGCUGACAUGUUGAUUGCCGAAAUUAAUGUUUACCUAAACAUGACCCAACCAAAGGAAACUCAACCGGCGCCUAGAGUCGACAAUGUUGAAACGUCUCGCAAACUCCCUCAAAUUGCACUUCCUAAGUUUGAUGGGGAUUUGCUUAAAUGGCACACCUUUUGGGACCAGUUUGCUUCUAAUGUGGACAGUAGAAAUAUGAGUGAAGUGGACAAACUAUUAUAUUUACAAACCGCUCUUGAAGGUGAAGCCAAACAAGCAGUGGAGGGCCUUGAAACAACCAAUCAAAACUACACGAUAGCGAUCGACACACUAAAAACGAGGUAUGGAAAUAAAAGUACAAUAAUAGACGCCCAUUACAGGGCCCUAUACAAUAUAAAAACUGCUGACCAAUCGGUCAAAAGUUAUCGAAGCGUUUUGAACGAAAUUGAGCGACAUCUUCGAGUUCUCCAGUCACUUGGUGAAGAUGUGAAUCACAACCAUUUUCGUGUAAUGAUAAUGGAAAAAUUCCCACCAGAGGUCAUUUACGAAUUACGCAUGAAAUUGACCACCGAGGGGGAUACUAUCAGCAAUAUAAGGAAGGGUUUGGAGCAAAUAAUAUCUGCCAGAGAAUCAUCCAGUAGAAUUCAUGCCGAAUCCAGCAGAAAUUCAGAACCUACAACAAGUAAGGCAAAUAACGAUCAAUUUUCUUUGGAGGCUCUACACACACGAAGACAAUAUAAAAAGGCGAAUCAACGUAAAUUUGGUGAAUCAAUUUCCUCCGAAACAAUGGAUCAUCGCAAUUCUCGAAAACGACCUUGGCAGAGCGAAAUUUCAAAUCGAAGGGAACGUUAUGAUACAAAAGAAAACAACGACUAUCGAUUCCGAAACCGACGAUCUCAACCCUCAUCAAAAAAGGCUAAGAGAUCAACGAAAAAGGCAACUAAAAGAUACUGUCUCAAAGAAGGUCAUCGGGCAACUCAGUGUAAAGAUAAACGGAACUGUUAUCAUUGCAAAAAAUACGGAGAGCAUAACAAAGCAUUAUGCCCCACACUUGAACCGCCACUGGAUCAAUCAUCCACUCAAACUACUACCAACUCAUCGAACAACAAGGAUGAUGAAACUAUUCUACAAACAGCUGUAGUUACUAUUUAUGAAUCAGCAAAAAAGAGGACCGCACUACUAUGUCGGGUCUUGCUAGACUGCGGAAGUCAACGCAGUUACAUCACAGCAGAUUGUGCUCGAUUUUUGAACUUACAAACAGUAGAAGAAAAUCAGUUAACUGUAUUUACAUUUGGCCAGAACCGACCUAAUGAAAUCAAUAGUCCGGUGGUUCAGCUUCAUAUGGUAACUCGCUGCAAUAUUUCUAGUAUGAUUUACGCCAACGUCGUCCCUUAUAUUACAAAGGGAGUCAAGUCACCUCAUCAAUUGUCCGCCAACCUGAACAAGUAUCGCAGUGUAACCGACAGUAUGUUGAUGGCCGACGAUGGUUCCAAGGGAGAUAAAAUUGACAUUCUUAUUGGAAAUGACUAUUAUAGCCAUUUUUUGCUCAAUGAAACGAAAGAAGUCUCGUUGGGACUUUACUUGAUAAAUUCCAAAUUUGGAUGGAUUUGGUCUGGAAAACCGACAACUUUUCGUCAUACAGUUGUUGAGUUAUCUGCUUUAACUUAUUUCCAAACAAGUGAAAAUUGUCCUUCGGCAUUUCCUCAACCAGAUUUACCAUUACGCAAUACGGACAUUAAUAAUCUUUGGGAUCUCGAAUCAAUUGGCAUCACCGAUUCUCCGAAGUCAACUCGUGAUGACGAAGCUAUUCACCAGUUUAACAACAAUAUAAAAUAUAUUGAACAACGCUACCAUGUGACAUGGCCUUGGAUAGAGUACCCUCCCGAAUUAUCAACCAAUUUUGGUUUAUCCUACGGACGGCUUACUAACCUCAUGAAGAGACUUUGUACAAAAACAUUACAAACUUUUUUUGUUUUCAAAUGUGGGUAUUUUGGUGUCAUCACGUGCAUCGGUGGCCAGUCUCCACAAAGAACUUCUGAGGAUUUAAAUUUAGUCACAGCCUCACCAGAAAGACCACUAGCUGACCACAGAUUACUGGCUGCUGCAAUCUUGUAUCAAGGAGAAGAAAACGAUCCUUCAAGGAGUUUUUGCUUUGACGGCAGUACAGCUUGUUCACCGAAGCGGGCUCUGCUUCAAUAA